CUCGAGUCCUAACUGCUCGGUUGCUGCUGAACUGAGAGUGUGACUCCUUGGCUCUCUUGAGAACGUAAAGCCCCUGAACUUUGUUCUGUUUGAAAAGCUCUCCCUGAAGGAUGUUCUCCCAGCGGGGCUCUCUGGUGGGCGAGAACAGGUCCAUCCUACCCUCCACCACCACCCCCAGCCACAAGGCUGCCAGCUGCAUCAGCUCCUGUGGCAGCAAAUCUUUCUGUUCCUGUGUGCCUUGGGACAGAUCUGCUGGUGCCAGCUUUGUGACUUGUCCCACCUGCCAAGGCAGUGGGGUGAUCCCUCAAGAGCUAGAGAAACAGCUGGUGGCCCUCAUCCCCUAUGGAGACCAGAGGCUGAAACCCAGGCGCACGAAGCUGUUCGUGUUCCUGGCAGUGCUUAUCUCCCUGGUGACCAGCUCACUCUUAUCCUUUGCCCUGUUUCCUCACUCCAUCUCUGUGCAGCCUGUGGGCCUCAACUCCUCCACGGUGGCCUUCGACCAGAAAAAGGUCUACAUCAACAUAACGAGCAUCUUGAAUAUCUCCAACAGCAACUACUACCCGGUCACUGUGACCCGCCUCACUAUCGAAGCCCUGCAUGUGGCCCUGGUGGUGGGUCAGGUCUCCCUAAACCUCAGCCGCCGCGUCGGCCCUUUGGCCACUCAACAGAUGGUGUAUGCAGUAGCCACCGGGAUUGCGGACGAAAGCACACACAAAAUCUGUUCCAGGCAGGAAUUUAAAGUCCACCACGUGCUUUUGCACAUCCAGGGCACACUGACUUACUCCUGCCUCAGCCAUUCGGAGCAGAAGGUCUUCGAGAGCCAAGAAUAUGUGGACUGCCAUGCAAACUCAUCACUGGCCCCCAUGCCGGCCUCUCUCCUGCUCUGACCUGUCUGCUGUCCCUAAACUCCAGGCACAGGAGAUGCAGAUCUGUGCCUGCGACUAUUCCAUGCUGCCCAAGGAAGGGAGGGCUAAAGAGACUUCAGAAAGGAAAGGCUUUUGAUUCAUGCUGCCGUCACCCCCAAAUCCUUCAGCAUAGACAACUUUCUGUGUUACUAAACUGCUUGCUCACAUGCUUACACACUCAGACACCCACUCACACUUCACUCACCUGCUCACAUACUCAGACACCCACUCACACUCAGACCCUCACACACUCAAACUCAUCCGCUCACAUGCUCACCCACUCACACACCUGCUCACACACUCAAACGCUUACCCACUCACACACUUAGACGAUGCUUCCUGCUCACACUCACCUGUUUACACAUUCACUGAUACACACGUUCACACACUUAGGCAUUCACAUGCUCACAUACACACACGUGUUCACAUGCUCACAUACUUAAUGCACCACAGGAACAGAAGCUUCUGCCCUCCUUCAGAUGCUGCCAGCAGGGAUGGGCCUCCAAAUUCUCUUUGCCGUCACUCUGUGAAGCUAGACCCCACAUACCCUCCAGGUCCCCACUGGGCUACAAGGAGAGACGGUUUUGUUUCUUAGCUGAGCAGGAACAGUUUUGCUGGCUAAAGGUGACUGAUUUUUAAUUAUCAGGCAGAGAUGACUCAUGUGGUGGCAGCCGCUAGACCUGGAGCAGGAUGAAGAGAGGGGGAAGAGGUGAGGGAACCGGGUGUCAGGCUGCCUGCGGGAACAAGCAAGCGGAAUGGAGGGCAUCCUGUCUAAAGGGGUUUGUGUCGGGAAUGGGGAGCAAGGUGGUGCUGACAAAAGCAC